GAGACGGUUGUCGGCCGGCAGCAGUCUGUCCCCUCUCGGUCUCCUGCCUGCCCGUGCGGUGCGGAAGCUCGCGGGGCGGGAGUGGCUCUGCGGGUGCGGCCACGGCUGAGAGCGACCAGCGGGGAUAAACAGCGCUUGACAGCAGCGAUUAACCAACAGCAGACGUCAUCUUAUCACAAAGAAGCGGGGUCAGGGCGUUGGACUCGAUGGUCUCUGGAGGUCCCUUCCAACCCCUACAGUUCUGUGAUGUCUCGGUGCUCUCGCCGUAUUGAUGUGUCUCGGGUAGUUGGUUAACUUCUCAAUUACAAGCCUUUCCUUGCUGCUACGUGCAAAAAUGCACUGAAGGCAUUAAUACCAUGGACGUUUUUUGAUUUAGAAGAUUUCAUUAGAAGAUUUCUUGCAUUUUGAGAUAAAUUAGAACACUUCUGAGAGGUUGAUGAAGAACAGGAACAAGAUGGCAUCUAUGCUUCAAAAUGUCAGGGCAACAAUGGACUGGCAGAGACACCUGCUUUUAGCUGACUUUGAGAAUGAGAGCCCUGUACCAGACAAAUACAAGAGGAAAACUUCUCUCAGUUCUCUUAAUACUAUCGGCAUGUCUCUAAGAAAGCGAAUACCGUUAAAGCAAGUAGAGCUGAAUUUCCAUGAGACACCACUUUGGGAAAACAUGGAAGCAAGAAAGAAAAGCCAAGUGCUCCAAAGUAUUACAAAAACAGCAAGAAAUGCUUUUGGAACAGUGUCACAGAAAAUACGGAAGACUUGCCAAAGGCCAAUACAUUCAACUGUGACCUUUCCAGCUGAAGACGCCGGCAGCAGCUCCGCAACCAGUUUUUCCAAGAAAAGAAGAACAGUACAAACACCUUGCCUUACUAUAAACAGUGUUACUUCAGCAGCUAGUUCUACGUGCACUCCAAGGUCCAGCAGAAGAUGCUUGCUUUGGCCAACAAGGUUGUCAGAACAUACAAAAUUGACGGGUUUCCCAUCUUGGCGUGGUGAAGAUGCUGUCCCACUCGAGAUCAAGGAGAGCAUCAACAGCACUGAAGAGCCUCUGUUCAUCACCUACUCCUGCCAGCAGAAGAAUGCACCAUGCAAUAUCAAACUACUGCUAUUCUAAUGGCAUGAAGUUUGCAGCCUGUGCAUCAAUCUUGGGAACUUCCUCAGGCUGUCAGAAGGCAAGGAAAGAAACUCCGUUCAGCAACUGGUGCCUGGACAGAGAUGGCUGUAAACACCGUUAGUUUAUGAAUAUAUAUAAAGGAAAACUUCAUUUGAGAUAUGAGACUAUACCUUAUACUGUGCAUAGAACUGUGUGCUUUAAAAAACAAUUACAUUUUAUAAUAUUUUUGGCAGAGCAGCCUAAAACUACUCUUCCCUUGCUUUUGCUGUUCAAGCCAACUAGAGAAAUAAAUCUGAACCACAGUGCACUACCUGUCUUCUGCUGAGACAACGGACUGUCUUCAAUGGGGCUGUCACAACUGUCAUAAAGCACUAAGUAGGAAUGGUCAAAGCAAGGGCAGAGAUCUACAAAUGAUGAUCAUAGGAAAGAGUAAUAUUCAGAUCCUCCUAUGUAUUAUGAAAGCACUGAUCUGUUAUUUUCAAAGCUUAACAAUUUAUCUUAUUUUUUCUAAUACUAACAAAUCAAAAGCUAACUUUACAUGUUAAAAAAUGUUUUAAAGUUUAAAAUGUUAACUAUAAUGCUUAAAUGAUUGCUACUUGAGUUUUGACCGCAACUGCCAUUCCAAGUCAGCAGGUUUCUGUACUCAUUUCCAAGUCACAGCAGUGGAGCCAUGUUAGGACUCCAACUCACAGCCCAAGGAUUGCUGUUAAGUAAGUGAGCCCAAGUAGUUCUACCCUAAAUCAUAGCAACUUAGUUUUUUGCUCCUAUUUUAAAUACCAUAAUGGCAGCAGAGUUAAACGUUGCUUUUGUACAACACCAUCUGUCAUUUAGUUAUAUGCAGAAAUUGCUUAUCAGUUAAUAUACAUAAGUUGCUCUGAAAGUAAUGCCUUAUAUUUAUUUCCAUAAAUAUUCAGCAAGUGCUGAUGAAUGUC